GUUGACAGUUCAAUAAAUCCUAUAACCUAUAUAAAAUUACUCAACUGUGAAUAUUCUUCUACAUUUCUAAAUAAGGAGUUCAGAAUUUCAAGUAAUUGAGACGUCGAAAUGACUUCAACAAACAGUAAAGGUACGUUUCAACCAGAUUCUGACGUUCACAUCACAUAUGAAGAUCAACAGAAAAUUAAUCGUUUCGCUAGAUUGAACGCUAAAUUGGAAGACUUUAAAGACGAAAUUAAAACAAAAGAAAAUGAUCUGAAGAAUAUUGAAGAUGCAUGUGAUGAAAUCGCACUUUUCGACGAUGACGAACAGAUUCCGUAUUUAGUAGGAGAAGUUUUCAUCUUUCAAAAUGUCGAAAAAACCCAAAAGUGUUUAGAAGAGACGAAAAAUAAGAUAGACGAAGAAAUUAAACAUUUAAAACUCAAGUCUAGUGAAGUGAAGGAAACUAUGAGUGAUUUGAAAUCAUAUCUAUAUGGAAAAUUCGGAAGCCAUAUUAAUCUCGAAGCAGAUGAAGAGUAAAAUUUAUCUUUUAUUUACUUUAUAAUAUUAUAUACCUACAAUCAUGUUUUACACAAUAUACUUUCUUUUUAAA